UGUCUCUCUCUGUGUGUGUGUGGUCAGGACGAGAGUGUGCGUAAUAAGGUGACUCUGGUGAAGGACGUCCUGUCGCGUCUCUCCAAGAAGCUGUACUCAGUGGAGGAGCUCACCUCUAAACCCCUGCCUGAGGGAGUCGACCCCCUGCGCCUGGAGAUGUACCUGUGUGACGAGGACUUCCAGGGGCUGUUGGAGCUGACACGAGAAGAGUUCAAUGCUCUUCCGAACUGGAAGCAGCUCAAACUGAAGAAGAGCAAAGACCUCUUUUAAACACAGAACUUUUUAAAACAUACUCUAUUCAUGUGAGAGAAUGAGUGAGAGAGAGAGAGAGUGAAAGAGAGAGAGGGGGGGAGAGAGAGUAUACUUCUCUUGUCCUGUUUCUAUUUCUGUUUGUCUGGUCAAAAGGAUAGUCUUGUUCUUGUUUUUAUUUUCUUGUGAAACACAACUGUACAGUUUUACUUUUUUUAUUUUUUUCAUAAACCUUCAAUUAACCUGUCUCCUAUCCAGCAACAACCUGUAAUUCAACAACAUUGCUUUUAUAGCUGUUAAAUUUAGCUUCAUCAUACUGUAGCGUUGUAGUCACAGAGAGAGAGAGAGACUGACUACCCCUGUAUACCCAUCAGUGAACCUACGUGUCUGUCUCCUAUCUAAUCAUGUAUGGAACUAUAAAUAUGUAUUAUAAAUGUAUUAUUUUUGUUUUUCUUGAAGUUAUAAUUUUUACUCUGCCAUCAUCAAAACUGUGAGAGAAGGUGGAAUGUCACGUGCUUCGAACACUGCCACCGGAGGCUGAAUAUCAGACUGCAUGUCACCUUUGACCCCUUGACCUUUUGUCUCUUGAAAGUCACCUGUGCCAGUGAGGACACCUGUACCGCUCCGCUGUGUUCAGCGCGUGUAUCUGGACAGACCAGCACAAUGACAUGAAAUGCCUUCCUAGCCCCAGAUGUACCCCAGAUGUACCCCAGAUAUAUGCACAAACGCUAAAGUACUGUCAGGUCGGGGGGAACGGAAACGUGAGCGUUUUUUUUUAACAGUGUAAUUAAAGUGUUUUUAUUCAGAAUGGGUUUGCAUCAUUGGGGAGUCCAUAUCCAUACAGCUCUGAUUUCUGCCCCCUGUCCAAUAGCAUUGUGAGCUGGAGAGAGAGAGACCUCUUCAGCUCCUGUACAUGUCUCUCCCUGAAUAUUUAAAUAAACUAUGAUGUUCAUAUACUCUGAAAAAA